AUGCACUUAGGUUUUAAGAUCAGAAAUGCAAUCGAGAAGAUCACAGGUGUUCUAGGUGACUCUCUGGCCCAUCCGCAAUGUCAGACUGUACGUCUCAGAACGCCUAAAUGGAUGUCGCUGCCGCACCUCCCCGUCGAAGUUUGGCGAUUUCGAGCCUUUUGCCAAGAGCGUGACGAUUUCCUGAUCGAGAUAGCGCAGCGUGACGAUUACCUGUUCAGGAUUAGCGUUGGAUAUUCGGAUGGGCCCCUUGUCACGCUCCAGGAUGUGAUACACGGUGCAUGUGCUUGCGGCACAAUCAACAAUGCCUUUGAUCCAUUGUACCGCCCGCACUACGACGGUGAGAACAAUCGUCCGAGCUUCCGGUAG